AUGGCAGUCCCGGGGCACGACGCGGACCGGAAGGCCGGGAUGGGCAAGUGGGAGGGGUACCCACCGCCGCCGCCGCCGCAGGCGCAGCACCCGGCGGCCCGCGAGACGGAGAGGGAGUGGGUGCCGUGGGUCGUCCCGGUCUUCGUGGCCGCCAACGUCGCCAUGUUCGCCGUCGCCAUGUACGCCAACAACUGCCCCGCGCACGCGCCGCGCCGCGCCGGCGGGAGGUGCGUCGGCGCCGGCUUCCUCGGCCGCUUCGCCUUCCAGCCGCUCCGCCAGAACCCGCUCCUCGGGCCCUCCUCCGCCACGUUGGAGAAGCUGGGCGCGCUGGUGUGGGACAAGGUGGUGCACGGGGGCCAGGGGUGGAGGCUCUUCACCUGCAUCUGGCUGCACGCCGGCGUCGUCCACCUGCUCGCCAACAUGCUCAGCCUCGUGCUCGUCGGCCUCAGGCUCGAGCAGCAGUUCGGAUUCGCGAGGGUCGGCGUCAUCUACCUCGCCUCCGGCGUCGGCGGAAGCGUGCUCUCGUCCCUCUUCGUCAGGGACAACAUCUCCGUCGGCGCCUCGGGCGCCCUCUUCGGCCUUCUCGGCGCCAUGCUCUCGGAGCUCUUCACCAACUGGACAAUCUACACCAACAAGGCGGCGGCGCUGGUGACGCUCCUGCUGGUGAUCGCGAUCAACCUGGCGAUCGGCAUGCUCCCGCACGUCGACAACUUCGCCCACAUCGGCGGCUUCCUCACGGGCUUCCUUCUCGGCUUCGUGCUCCUCAUGCGCCCACACUACGCAUGGUCGCAGCGUUACGUGCUGCCCUCCUCCGUCAAGGACGCCGGCAGGAAGUACCUGCCAUACCAGUGGGCUCUGCUGGCCGUGGCUUCAGUGCUCGCCGUCAUCGGGCUGACUGUCGGGAUGGCGAUGCUCUUCAGAGGUGUGAACGGCAACGAACACUGCCAGUGGUGCCACUACCUCAGCUGCGUGCCGACCGCCAAAUGGAGCUGUGGGAAAUGAAAAACACCUCAAAUACCUACCUCCUCUUCUUUUAGUAUCAUCAUACUAUCAUACUGGUAGCAAUUUGAUGCAGAGAUGCUGUAUAUAACGUAAUAUUACUCUACACCCCAGGAUUUACUCGAUGAUUGAUUCGUUCUGUUGAUUUCGGUUGUUUGAAAUGGGAAUAUCUUGAACCUUCCA